AGAAGAUUGCUUUCCGAGCGAACUCUCUCUCUCACACACACAAACAAUCUAUGCCAUACUAUCCAACUACUACUAGCAUCUACUCUACCUUGACAUCAGAAGAAGAAGAAUACUACGUACCUUCUCGAGACCAACACCACCACCACUACUACUACUGGGACACCAAUCAACCACACACUCUCAUCCCCCAGUUCAACACCGCAACCACAUUUUCUACCAAAUCUCCAACAUCCCUGCCGAUGACAGACUCCUCGUACCGCCAACCCAUCGACGCGCGAGCCCUGCACUCCCGCCUUGCUGUCAUUGCAAACGACAACAACACUUCAAGCAUCGAACAUGGAGCCACCCAGGGACGUCCCCGACCCUCCAUUGAUAGCACCAACACACGUCCUUUUACCAAAUCUUCAACAAUCUCCACCUUGGACUCGCACACUUGGAGCACCUCGUCGCGCCUGCACGCCUUGCCCAGCAGCCGACUGCACGCGGAAAGCGUGGGCAUUGCGCCCGGCGACUUCAGCAAGCCGCGGGUCCCCAAGCGGAGCCGCAGACACACCAUGGAGAGCAGCACCAGCAUCCGCAGCGGCGGCGGCGGCGGAAGGAAGGAAAGAGAGGAGCCGGCGCAGUUCAAGUACUAUGGGCGCCAUGGAAACCAGUGGCUUUUCAAUGAUUUCAGCGUUAGUGGCGCCGUGGCCAAGGGGUUUAGGAGGGUGUUUGGCGGCAAUAAGGAGGGGAGGGAUUGGUAUGAGGAGAGGGAGAGGUAG